UUGACAAGGGAAGCAGCUCCCGGCUGUCUGCAGAGAGAUCGUAGCCUGUGUGGGAUUUCCGUCAAUCUCGCUCGCAUUUCUCGGGCUGCUCAUGCCGCUGCUGUCGUCUCCUGUGACGGAUCAGAACAAAGCGGCGAGAGGCACCUUUGGGCAGAGUGGGACUCCUCGCUAGUCAUUCAAUCCGCCCGGGUAAAAAGAAAAACCACAAAGGAUGUCUUCCAAGCGACCAGCCUCUCCGUAUGGGGAAGCAGAUGGAGAGGUAGCCAUGGUGACAGGCAGACAGAAAGUGGAAGAAGAGGAGAGUGACAGGCUCCCACCCUUUCACCUUCCUUUGCAUGUGAGUUUUCCCAACAAGCCUCAUUCUGAGGAAUUUCAGCCAGUUUCUCUGCUGACGCAAGAGCCUUGCGGCCCUAGGACUCCCACCUUUCAGCAAAACACAAUGGAAGUUGAUGGCAAUAAAGUGAUGUCUUCAUUUGCCCCACACAACUCAUCUACCUCACCCUCAAAGGCAGAAGAAGGUGGGCGUCAAGGUGGAGAGUCUUUCUCCAACACAGCCCUUGGAACGCCCGAAAGGCGUAAAGGCAGCCUAGCGGAUGUUGUGGACACUCUAAAACAGCGAAAAAUGGAGGAGCUUAUCAAGAAUGAACCAGAAGAAACCCCCAGUAUUGAAAAGCUGCUAUCAAAAGAUUGGAAAGACAAGCUUCUUGCCAUGGGAUCAGGGAACUUUGGAGAAAUAAAAGGGACUCCAGAGAGCCUAGCCGAGAAAGAGAGGCAGCUUAUGGGUAUGAUCAAUCAGCUGACCAGUUUGCGGGAGCAGCUGCUAGCCGCUCAUGACGAGCAGAAGAAGUUGGCGGCCUCACAGAUGGAGAAGCAGCGCCAGCAAAUGGAGCUAGCCAAGCAGCAACAAGAACAGAUUGCAAGACAACAACAGCAACUCCUGCAGCAGCAACACAAAAUCAACCUUCUGCAGCAGCAGAUCCAGCAGGUUCAAGGUCAGCUGCCGCCAUUAAUGAUUCCAGUAUUCCCUCCAGACCAGCGAACUCUAGCAGCAGCAGCUCAGCAAGGAUUCCUCCUUCCUCCCGGUUUCAGCUACAAGGCAGGCUGCAGUGACCCUUACCCUGUUCAGCUGAUCCCAACAACCAUGGCAGCUGCUGCCGCAGCAACCCCCGGCUUAGGCCCACUUCAACUGCAGCAGUUGUAUGCUGCCCAACUCGCUGCGAUGCAAGUAUCCCCAGGUGGAAAAAUACCCGGCAUCCCCCAAAGCAACAUCGGUGCAGCUGUAUCACCUACCAGCAUCCAUACCGACAAGAGCACAACCAGCCCUCCACCCAAAAGCAAGGAUGACGUGGCCCAGCCACUGAACCUCUCGGCAAAACCCAAGACAACUGACAGCAAGUCUCCCACAUCGCCCACCUCUCCUCACAUGCCGGCGCUGAGAAUAAACAGCGGGAGCAGCUCACUUAAAUCUUCCAUGCCGGCAACGUUAGCGAGUCCUUCAGCCAGAGUCAACACAAUAGAUAUCCUUUCCUCUAUCACGUCAUCAGGUUACUUAAAUGAUCAUGAUGCUGUUACCAAGGCGAUCCAGGAGGCCCGGCAGAUGAAGGAGCAGCUACGGCGGGAGCAACAGGUGCUUGAUGGGAAGGUGGCCGUAGCAAACAACCUCGGUCUGAAUAACUGCAGGACAGACAAGGACAAAACGACACUGGAGAACCUGACUCAACAAUUGGCAGUCAAACAGAACGAAGACGGGAAGUUUAGCCACGCUAUGAUGGAUUUCAACAUGAGCGGAGACUCUGACGGAAGUGCAGGGGUCUCAGAAUCUCGGAUUUACCGGGAAUCCAGAGGGCGUGGGAGCAACGAGCCGCACAUCAAGCGCCCAAUGAAUGCCUUCAUGGUGUGGGCGAAAGACGAACGAAGGAAGAUCCUACAGGCCUUCCCUGAUAUGCACAAUUCCAACAUCAGCAAAAUACUAGGUUCUCGCUGGAAAGCUAUGACGAACCUUGAAAAGCAGCCAUACUACGAGGAGCAGGCCCGCCUCAGCAAGCAGCACCUGGAGAAGUACCCGGACUACAAGUACAAGCCCAGGCCGAAGCGCACCUGUUUAGUGGACGGGAAGAAGCUGCGGAUUGGCGAAUAUAAGGCAAUCAUGCGCAAUCGUCGUCAAGAGAUGAGGCAGUAUUUCAAUGUUGGACAGCAAGCACAGAUCCCUAUUGCGACGGCCGGCGUAGUCUACCCAGGGGCCAUUGCCAUGGCAGGAAUGCCCUCCCCGCAUCUGCCCUCGGAGCACUCGAGCGUGUCUAGCAGCCCAGAGCCUGGGAUGCCAGUUAUCCAGAGCACUUACGGCAUCAAAAGCGAGGAGACCUCUCACAUCAAGGAGGAAAUGCAGCCCGAGGACAUCAAUGGCGAAAUGUACGACGAGUACGAGGAAGAGGAUGACGACCCCGAUGUGGACUACGGCAGUGACAGUGAAAACCACAUUGCAGGACAAGCCAACUGAUAAGGGGUUGUCCACAUUCCCGGUGUUGACCUUGGAGGACUUCAGUGGAAAGCCCCAUCUGGUUCUUUACCCAGUGGCCAAGCACACAAACUUUAUCCUCAUACACUGACUGUUACUUAAAACUCUUAGUCUUAACUAGUUGGGACGUCAGCUGGUGAGCAGACAUCAGCCUGCAUCGAAAACUUUUUAAAAGCAAACCGACAAAACUUUUUCAAAGCAAAACAAAAAUUUUAAGAGAGACACAAGGCUCAAAGGAAGAAACCAUGACAAAGAAGACAACUCACGAUGACAAAAAGAAUAAAAUAAUGGACGAAAAUAAGCUAUGGGUAACAUAAUGCCAGUAAUUCAGCUGCUAUACCCAAGCACUGAAGUCUUACCCGUUCAACCUUUUAUUAUUAUUAUUAUUUUUCAAAUAAACUUUAUGGCUGUUUGUUCUACAAUGUUCUAGAAAAUUCUCACUCAGGUACACAGUGCCAACAAGUGGCUUGUGAAUGUGUUCUGUUGUUUUGUGCUACAGUUU